GCUAGUGGAGGACGCUCUCACCUUCAGGGUCAUUCACUUAAGUAUAACUUUUCGUCGAGCCCCUCAUUACGCGGUACAUGAUGUCCCUGGAUGAUCAUUAAAGGGUAGAUGUUCUUUGGAGCACCGCGGGUCCUCGCCUCUUCUUGCAGAUACGAUACACUCCAACCAACAGAACAUCGACGGAGACCCUCAGCGCUACAGGGGGAACUUUAUGUAAAUGAUGCCCCCGUAACUCACUUGAAAACAAAUAAGUUGAAACAACUAACUACAGCUAGUACAUACUGGCCGCAGUACUUGCGCUAUUAGUAGCACCAAUACAAAGUUCUUUUUCCUCAUGGCACAUCGCCAAGAACCACCGCCCGUCCAAGAGAACGAUCCAUCUGAGAUCGAUCCAAUAUGGACGUCAAGCCGUACUGCACGCCAGAUUUACGCCUUGGGUGAAGUCGAAAAAGACAUAACCCGUCUCCUAUCCCUUGCAGCGUCAUCCGUCUCGCUGCUCACUCUCCCCCAGACGGAUGAGCCCGAUGACAACCUCCCUCAGGGAGAAGAGCGCUCUGAGCAAUUCGUUCUAGAAGUGAGCGAGUACUUUGAACGGCUAGACUCAAUUCAAGUGGCUAUUCGCUCUUCAUUGGCUCACAUACGCCAGUCACGAAUCGCACCAUCCGCAAUCACAGCUCCCCCUCUUGGAUUUGUUCCCCCUUCACUUGGUGUCGGUCUUCCAAGAGCUACAGGGACCAGAGGCCUGCAAGAAGAGCGCACGGAUCGAGAUGCAUGGGUAGGCAUCCUCGACGCCCUCACACGCCUCAAGGAAUCACAACAGCAUGAACAACUACUAGUACACACUUCCCCACACCACGCAAUGAAUACAUGAGUCCAACUAAACUAUAACGAGCUGCUCGUCUAUGCCGAGACCUUCGAAUUCAAGUGUCUAAUAUAAUGCAAUCAAAAGUCAGGUUCAUACCAUCGCGUGAUUUUCCAGGUUUACAGCCGAAACUUACACGCUCGCCUCCUCCAGUGCUUCCUCGGCAUGCAGGAGCUCGACAUCUUCCGCAAACUCAGGUUGGGA